AUGAUACAGAACCCACCAGUGACGCAGCUGCAUAAACUGCCCACCCCAACCGCGCUUCUUAGUCACUUGCUGCCACAUCCGCGACAACAGCAACUGCAGCAGCUUCAGCAGCAAACUCACCGUCAGCUUACCAAGCCUGUAGCUGCGAUAUCGCACAAGCAUCUAGAGGACCAGCAGGUUACCUUAGCAACACAGUUCGUGCCUUAUGCUGGCCGGCGCAGUCGAUCAAAUUCUUCUUUAGCGAGUCAGGAGAAGCGAAGUCCCUCGCAAAUAAAUACCAGCAGCAGGGGGUUGGUGCAUGGCUACAGCACGGCGAUGGGUAGCCAGCGCUGUGGGCACCCUGUUGAAACUCGAGAAGCAGCGCUUGGUAACCCUGCCUGCAGCAAUAGACUGAGCUUGGGCAGCACUAACAGCAGCUUGUGGUCUGGUCAUCAAUUCAGCAGCAGGCGAUACUUGAGCACCGAGUCGGAACACAUCUCUGCAGCCGUUGCAUCUGCGCCUGCUGGUGCAGCUGACGCCGCGGACGCAAUAGGGGCCCCUUCACUCCCUGCUCCUGCAUCUCCUUCCGUUUCUGCUGCUGUUCCUUCUAGCAGUUUCUCUGUGGGUGGCGAGUCGUGUACCGACUGGGGGACGAUUUCAGCGGAAGACUGCCAUAGUAGCAGCAGCAGCGGCAGCGGCAGCAGCAACGUAUUUGUAGCUGUGCGCGUGCGACCGUUAAGCGAUUCCGAGCUUAGACAAGGCGACAACAAAAGCAUUUCCGUGGUGGCUCCCCAGUCUUUGCUGGUGACUGAGUGGGGAGCAGGGGGCGGUCCUCGAGGGCGACGAGUUCGCCGCCGAUGUUUCAUAUUUGACACCGUCUUUGGGGAGUGUGCGAGUCAGGAAGAGGUGUUUCAGCUGAGCACGUCUCCAUUGCUUCAGGAGCUUUUCAAAGGUGUCAAUGCAUCAGUCUUUGCCUACGGUGCCACAGCAGCGGGAAAGACCUACACCAUGCUCGGCACUGAAACGGGUCCAGGGGUGAUGCCUCGGGCACUCCAGCUCCUGUUUCAGCAGGUCAGCAGUGAGCGGGAGAAGGAGUAUGUGUUGAGCUGCUGCUUCGUUGAGAUUUACAACGAGACUAUUAGGGAUUUGUUGGGGCCUCGCGGCGAAGUAUGCGAGUUGCGAGAAGACCCAGAGAGGGGGGUGCUGCUGCAACAUGCUACUGUCCACAGACUUUGUUCCCCACAGCAGGCGCUGCUACUCCUAUUCGAAGGCAACUCGCGCCGUACACAAGAGGCUACGAAUGCGAAUCAAACCUCAUCCAGGUCCCACGCUGUCCUACAAGUCAAUGUGAUACUGCGUGGCCGGGACGGAGAAGAGACGCAAGUUUCGAAAUUGUCUCUCGUUGAUCUGGCGGGCAGUGAACGGGCGUCUCAAACCAGCAAUCACGGACAGAGGAUGACCGAAGGCGCCAGCAUUAACAGGUCGCUGUUGGCACUAGGCAAUGUAAUAAACGCGUUAACAGCAAGAAGUGGGGGGCCUUCUUCGGGCAACUGUGGGAGCCUCUGUGGUGCCCCCCCGGUGCGCUUUGUUCCGUAUAGAGACAGCAAGCUCACGCGACUGUUGAAGGAUAGCCUGGGGGGCUGCUGCCGUACGGCAAUGAUUGCAACGGUUUCCCCCGCCAGCAGCCACCAAGAGGAAACCCUCAACACUUUAAAAUAUGCGAAGAGAGCAAAGGCCAUUCGCAACAACAGCGCCCAAUUCCACAAGCUGCAGAAGUGCAUCAGUGACACUGAUACCCACAACGACCCGAAUGCAGUGGCUGGCCUUAAGGCCAAGCUUCACCAGCUCCAGUGCCAGCUACAUCGCCAAGAUCUGCACGAGAGACUCAACAUGAGAAGGCGACUGCCCCCCAACCCAAUCACCACCUUCCUUGAUGCCGCAGAGGAACCAGAGGCAAGUCUGUGCCAUCGAGCCCCUGGUUGUAUUUUCAUCUGUUACUCUCUGCGCAUUGUUUUAUGCUUUGGUUGCGGAAGUCUUGCCUCUGUCUCUGUGCAACCAAAGGACCUGCAGGAGCAACCAGAGGCAGAAAGGGAACGGAGAGGACGGGCAGCAGCAGCAGCAGCAGCAAUGCCACACCCUACACUGCAGCACGCCACUGCAGAGGCUGUGAAUCUUCUUUUAGAAGACAUCGAUGCACUGGCCGCGGAAAAUGCUCUUCUUACGGAACAGGUGGCAGCGCUCCAGGCGAGCCUUAGGGAAAGCGGAGACCGGUUUGCCUUCCUGCAGUCUUUAGCGCAGCGGCAGCAGCAGUUUGACGGGGAGUUUUUGGACUCAGCAGAUAUCUCUGCAGCAGCAGCUGAAGCAGCGAAACCGGGAACUGAUGCAGCAACAGCGGCAAGAAACGACAAACUAUGCUGGGAGGGUAUCGGUGGCUUCCCAGCUAUGCAUCCCAGUGAUAGCAGCAGUCCAGCACCUGCAACUGAAGAGGAGUUCCGAGUGCUGCUCCGCAUGCGGCCUUUCCAGUCGCAACAGCAGUUGCUGCAGCCUCGCCAGCAGGCGCAGCAACAGGAUGAGGAAUUUGACGUGCCCACGGAAAUGCAAGAGCCGCAGCAUAUCGAGUGCAACGACGAGAAACAGCAGCAACAGCAGGUACAGCCACUUGCACUGCAGCCCCAAGGAGUUAUCUGCAGCAAAGACACCCUCCAAUUUGACGAAUAUUUUUCCCCUCAGAGCGUCAGUGCAACGGAGGGCAGUCCGGCGACCGGGCCAACCCCAGUAGCAGGAGCAGACAAUAGCGCUACUGCUGGAGCUCCUGCUAAGCCAACUGCUGCUGGUGGAGGGCGUUCAUUAGCGCUUAGCCCUUUCCGCUUUUUCGGGAAAAGUGGGACUUUCAGCAAACUGUGCAGCACCGUCCCAACCCCUCUAGAUGCUCGUUCCACUGUUGUGUCCGGUGCUCCUGCUGCUGGUGCUGCUGCCCCAACGACUGCUGCUGGUCAUGAUGCUGGCGGCACGCCUGGAAAAGACUCAAAAGGCCCUGUCAAAGGAUAG